AGCCCCCCAGUUAAACCCCCCAAACCAAAAUGCCAACCUACCUCAUAACCGGCGCAUCCAGCGGCCUCGGCGCAGCCCUGGCCGACGCCGCCCUCCGCGCAGGACACACCGUGCUCGCCACCGCGCGCAAUCCCGCGCAAGCCACCCUCACCACCCACCCCAACCUCACCUGGCUGGCCCUGGACAUCACCGCCCCAUCCACCACGUCCACCCUGCAGACCGCCCUCGCCGCACACCCGCCCGUCGACGUCCUCAUCAACAACGCCGGCUACUCCCUGCUCGGCAGCAUCGAGGACAUGACGCUCGCCGAGGUGCACGCGCAGUUCGACACGAACGUGUUCGGGGCGAUCCGCGUGCUGCAGGCGGUGCUGCCGGGCAUGCGGGCGCGGCGCUCCGGCACCGUCGUCAAUAUCUCCAGUAGUGCCGGGCUGGAUGGGUUGCCGGCUUGUGCGGUGUAUGCGGGGAGUAAAUUUGCGAUGGAAGGAAUGUCCGAGAGCCUGGCCAAGGAACUCGCCCCCUUGGGGGUCCGCGUGCUGCUGGUCGAGCCCGGUACGCUGCGGACCGGGUUCUGGGCGGCGUUUGUGGAGCCGGCCGCGGGCUUGAAUCCGGAGUAUCAGGGGACGCCGGUGGAGGCGGUUCUCACCAGGUUCCGGGGGAAUCGGACCGGGGAGGCUACGGGGGGCUCCGAUCCGGGCAAGGCGGCGCAGCGGAUCGUCGAGGUCGUGGAUGGGACGGGGUUGGGCCGGGGGAAGGAUGGACUGUUGCGCGUGCCGUUGGGCGAGGAUUGUUAUCGACGGUUUCAGGCGAAGGUGGAGGCCUUGCAGCAGAAUCUGGAGCAGAUGCGGGAGAUUGCGCAUUCGAUUGGGUUUGAGGAGUAGAUUGUGG